AUUUCAAUGAACGAUCGAUAACCUCAAAGAAUGGAAUUUAAAGUUCAUAAUUAAAUCGAAAAAAAAAAGCUGAUAACUGCUGCACGUAUUAAGAGCUACGAAAAAUGCAGAACGUUAUUAAUAGUGUGAAAGGCACGGCACUCGGUGUCGCUGAAUACUUAACUCCGGUUUUGAAGGAAUCCAAAUUCAGAGAAACUGGCGUGUUAACACCUGAAGAAUUUGUUGCUGCUGGAGACCACUUAGUGCAUCAUUGUCCAACUUGGCAGUGGGCAGCUGGUGAUGAAAGUAAAGCUAAGCCAUAUUUACCGAAAGAUAAACAAUUUCUAGUUACUCGAAAUGUACCUUGUACAAGAAGAUGUGAGCAAAUGGAAUACUCUGGAGAGUUGGAGAGGAUUAUUGUGUCAGAUGAUGCUGAUAAUGGUUGGGUAGACACACAUCACUAUGAUCAGGAUCAAAGUACCGCUGCGGUGGAAGAGAAGAUUUCAGAAAUGACUUUAAGUGCUUCUAAGGGUGAUAGUAUGGAAGAAGCGGCUUUAAAUGAUGAGAAGAAUGAUGAUGGUGAGGACGACGAAGAUGAUGAGGAGGCAGCGGAUAUGGAAGCGUUUGAAGAGAGUGGCAUGUUAGAUGAUGAACAGGCUACUACAGUGAUUCAACCCACAUCAUCUGCAAGUAAAGAAGCUGAUGAAGAUGGUGAAAUUAUUCAUACACGCACAUACGAUUUGCACAUUACAUAUGAUAAAUAUUAUCAGACACCGAGGCUUUGGCUAACUGGUUACAAUGAGCACCACAAACCUCUAACUGUAGAAGAAUUGUAUCAAGACGUUAGUAAAGAUUAUGCCAUGAAGACUGUCACAAUGGAGACUCAUCCCCACUUAAGUGUACCAAAAAUGGCAUCAGUUCAUCCAUGCAGACACGCUGAAGUGAUGAAAAGCAUUAUUGAAACAGUGACUGAGGGUGGGGGUGAGUUAGGGGUCCAUAUGUAUCUUAUUAUAUUUUUGAAAUUUAUGCAAUCUGUUAUACCAACAAUUGAAUAUGAUUAUACUCAGAAUUUCACUAUGUAAUGAGGUUAUACUGCUUCACGCCACAUUCAUAGUCAUUAUAGCUUAUUAUUGUUGUGUUUA